GAAAGCAACCAAUCAUCAGUCUUUAUUUCCUUUAAGUGCUUUACUUUAUGUAAUAAAGAGUGAGAAAGAGAGAUAGAGUCAUUAGACUCUAUGUUACAAAAAUUUUAAACCAGCAAGCAAAAAAUGCAAUGUUCCAAAGAAACAUUAGUUAGAUUGUUUUACAAUUUCUCCAUCUCUUUCCAGCUUCUCUUCCUCUUCUUCUACCUCUCUUCAAUCUCUCUAGCCAGGUUCCUCUCUUUCGUUUUCGGUAAUCCAUUUUAUCCAAGGAAUGAGGAGGAAUAUGAGUAUAUAUACUCCGAUGAAGACGAGGAGGAGGAAGAAGAGGGAGAUUUUUCGUAUUAUAACAAAGAAUGCGCGGAGAAGGAUCACUUUGUAGAGCGUAUGGUUCAUGGAGGCGAGGCACGUUCAUUUUUACAUGCAGGGAGGUCUCGGAUGGACCAAGAUGAUUUUGUGGAGGAAAUAAUAGACUAUCAACACGACGAUUUUGUAAUCCAGGAUCAGGAAGAUGUUCAUUUUGACACUAAUGAUCAGCUGUCUGUUUAUAGCUCACCGGCUUCUGAGUUGGAAAGAGAUUUUGAUUAUGAUCAAGUUAUUGUGGAAGAUCUUGGUGAAACAGAUACGGAUUCGGAUUCUAAUUUUCGUGCAAAUGAUCACACCAUCAUUUACCCUUCUGAAAAGGAUCACAGUGAAGAGUUGAUUACCAGAAGAACUCAAAAAGGAAAGCUGGAAAAGAGUUUCAAUGAAGAGAAUUAUUUUAUUUUUGAACCGCCAAAGUCUGAGACCAGGAAAAUUGAAGUUAAAGAAAAGGAUAUUGUUAAUGAGGAAACUUUUGGUGAUACUUGUACUAUUGGAUCAACUUCUAAGAACUCCUCGGAGUGGAGAAGCUCUAUUAAUUGUGGAACUGAGGAUCCAUUUUCAUCGUCGUCGAGGAGAAGCUGUCCUAAGUGGGAGUCUUACACAGUGUUCCAGAAGUACGACGAGGAAAUGCUCUUUCUGGAUAGAGUUAGUGCUCAAAAACUCCAGGAAACAGAAUCACUAAGGUCUAUUCAGGUAUGUCCAAGAUCAAUUUCUGAAAGGAUCGUCCAUAAGUUGUCUACAAAAAACAGCAGAAGACCAUCUGACAACCGCCACAAUCCGUAUCAAGAACUUGAGGGAGCUUAUGUUGCUCAAAUUUGUUUGACAUGGGAAGCUCUGAAUUGGAACUAUGUGUAUUUUCAAAGAUUAAGAGCUUCGCGUCAAUCUGCAGACCCCGGAUGUCCUGCCUAUAUUGCUCAGCAAUUUCAACAAUUUCAAGUUCUUCUGCAAAGAUAUGUGGAGAAUGAACCUUAUGAGCAUGGAAGAAGGCCUGAGGUUUAUGCUAGGAUGAGGAGUUUGGCACCAAAGUUACUUCAAGUACCGGAAUAUAGAGAUUCAGAUGAGGAUAAAAGAGAUGACUACCUUGGCUCAAGAAUCUCCUCAGCUGCAUUUCUUCACAUAAUGGAGGAGGCAAUCACAACAUUUAUGGAUUUUCUUAAGGCAGAUAAAGCAAGUCCCUGUCAAGUUAUAAUGUCAGCAUUCUUCAAGAGAAAUCGACGAAGAGGUCCAGUCGAUCCCACCCUUAUCCUCCUCCAAAAGAAAGUAAAUAAAAAGAAAACGUCAAAAGUGAAAGAUCUUAGGCGGGCUCAAAAAUGCAUAAGGAAAAGAAAGUUAAAGCAAGUGGAGGAGAUGGAGAUUGUGAUGGCUCUGAUUGACCUAAAAGUCGUUUCCAGGGUUUUGCGGAUGAAUGAUUUGAGUGAAGAACAGUUGCACUGGUGCGAAGACAAGAUGACCAAAGUGAGAGUUGGUGAUGGGAAACUUCAGAGAGAUUCCUCACCACUUUUCUUUCCUGCACACUGAAUUUUUGCUUUGGUGACUAGAUGAUGAAUGUGCAUGCAUGAUCUGCAUGGAGUCUGAAUAUCCUACGGCUCUCUUUUCUUAAUUCCUUUAGUGAGAAAAAGAGGUUGAAGACUUGGUGAAUCAUGUGGGAUGACAUAGAUUUUGAAGAUUUGGAAUCUAAGGAUUAUUUAUCUCUGAUUUUUCUUCAAGGUGGAAAGUGAAAGAGCAUAGACAAAGCAAAGGAUAUGAAGAAGGGGACAAUGGUAGCUUUAGUUCUCUUUUUCCCUUUAUUUAAUUGAUUGGGUUUAUCUACACACAAUAAGGGCUCUAAUAAAGCUUUAAAUAAACAAACUUUACAAAGCAAAGCAAAGCUGCAGGAUUCAUGUAUGGUGGAAUAAAAAGUUUACUCAUGUGACACACUAAGGAUAGAAUUUUAGAUGGACCUACUUGUUUAGCAGGUAAAGGAUAGAUAAAUAGCAAUUGAAUCAUGUAUUAUAUUGAGAUUAAUAAACUUAAUGCAUAUAUUGUAGCUUUUCUUGUUUUCACUA